UUAUAAGACACCUACACUGCCUAUGAAGUCAGUUCUCAAGACAGCAGCCUACGAGUUGAGUUGGAAUCUAGCCAGCGGAGAGUAACGAGUUGGUGUGUGAUACAGUGACACUUAUAUAGUGGUCAGAAACUCAACACGUUACAUUUGGUUCGUCUGUGCAUACUGUGCAACUGUAAUAGAUAUUAUAGAACAGUUCAAGAAGUGGUUGUCUCUUCAUAUAAUGUCAUCCCACAGACUUUUCGGAAUUUUUGGAGAAGAUGUCCCAUCUACAGAGGAGGAGGAGCUGUUUAUUCGCAAACUGCGACAGUGCUGUGUGGUAUUUGACUUCAUGGACCCAGUGGCUGACCUGAAGGGAAAGGAAAUAAAACGAGCUACCCUGAAUGAGCUGGUGGACUACAUUACAGCAGGCCGGGGUGUACUUACUGAGCCUGUUUACCCUGAGAUCAUCAGAAUGAUCUCAGCAAAUCUGUUCCGGACCUUGCCGCCCAGUGAUUUUGAUCCAGAAGAAGAUGACCCAACAUUAGAAGCGUCAUGGCCACACUUGCAGUUAGUGUAUGAGUUUUUCCUACGGCUCUUGGAAUCCUCUGACUUUCAGCCCACCAUUGGCAAGAAAGUAAUAGACCAAAAAUUUGUGCUACAGUUAUUAAACUUAUUUGACAGUGAAGACCCUCGGGAGCGUGAUUUCCUUAAGACUGUUCUGCAUCGCAUCUAUGGAAAAUUCCCGGGGCUACGUGCUUUCAUAUGCAAACAAAUAAAUAACAUCCUCCUUAUGUUUGUAUAUGAGACAGAGCAUUUUAAUGGCGUUGGAGAGUUAUUGGAAAUAUUAGGAAAUAUUAUCAACGUCUUUGCUCUACCGCUGAAGUCAGAACACAAGCAAUUCCUCGUAAAGGUUCUGCUGCCACUGCACAAAGUUAAAUGUCUGUCAUUGUACCAUGCAGAGUUGACAUACUGUGUGGUUCAGUUCCUUGAGAAGGAUGCCACGCUAACUGAAACGGUUGUUAAAGGGCUACUCAAGUUCUGGCCUAAAACGUGCAGUCAGAAAGAGGUGAUGUUCCUUGGUGAAAUUGGAGGAAUUUUAGAUGAAAUUGAACCAUCACAGUUUGCCAAAAUUCAGGAACCGUUGUUCAGACAAAUUUCAAGAUGUGUCUCUAGUCCUCACUUUCAGGUGGCUAAACGUGCACUGUACUUAUGGAAUAAUGAGUACAUAAUGAGCCUGACUGAGGAAAACAACCAUGUGAUCAUGCCAAUAAUGUUCCCAGCUCUGUACCGCAUCAGCAAAGAGCACUGGAACCAAACAAUUGUGGCUCUUGUAAACAACGUGCUCAAAACCUUCAUGGAGAUGAACAGUAAGCUUUUUGAUGAGCUCACAGCUUCUUACAAGGCUGAGAGACAAAAUGUGUGA